GUCCUCUUCAAGGUCACGACCUUUCAUCGAGUACGGGGUACAGUCUGAAUGGUAGUCCUCGUCAAGGUUCUAGUACGACUUCAGCGCGCUCUGUACGGGAUUCGGGUUCUGUACGGGACUCUCUUAUCAAAGAAGAAGGCAAUCGUGGUGUCCCUGGUCGGUACUACUUUGUGCACCCAUUGGUAAGUGAGCUAGGGGCAAAGGCAUCCGCAACUUCUGAUGCAGCUAUAGUGUCUUCGAACAAGAAUAGUGCCUACAAAUAUGCAAGGAGAUGGGACAAUAAUGGUGCAAAUGUUCUUGUUGG